AUGGCUACUAUUGGCAGUCGCUUUCACCAUAUUGGGCUUGUCAAGGUCGAGAACAAGGCCCACUGGCAGCAAAGGAAAAGCAUUGGAGGCAUCAGGUCGUAUAAGUUGCUGACGAUUGAAUGGUCGAUUUCAAAAGAAGGAAAUUCCGUCAUCACGAACGAGUGGCGGUAUCCUCCUGUGACCGCGAACAAGUCUUUCAACUUGGAGACUACGCCGCCACCGGCUUUCCGUGCCUUUCGAUAUUCGUACAAGCGACAUGUAAUCGAUGUCAAGAAACUCGAUCUGGAUGAAUGGAUUCCUCUCGACAACGAGUUUCCUCGCUACCACGCAGCCAAGGUCGCCAGGCUGGCGGACCGGGGUGACAAGAUCGUCGGCACCCUGCCUUGUGCGACGGAUGCGGCAAGGGAACUCUGUCAAGACCUAGCGGAAUAUCUGUCUGCUCGGUAUCCCCAGGUGUAUCAUGUCACCCGCUCUGCAUCGGACAAGGACGGUUGGGAUGGACAAGGGUCCAUAAGUCGUGUUGAGAUGCCGAGCCUCGGUGCCUCAUAUGAUCUUGUCAACGAUGACAACAUGACGGUGGCUGGUUUGCUGCAACCGACUGACUUGAAUAUCUUGACCAAACUACCCGAUGGCCAGUAUCAACUCAGCGCCGUCAUGUUCGGCAUCGGCGGUGGCCAAAGACUGAAAGACAAAUUAGGCAGGUGCCUGGCCGAUUUGCAUUUCGGUGGUCAAGUGCCGCACUUCAAGGAACAGCUUCAAGCGCCCCUCGAUCGAUUCUUGUCCAAGUUAAAGGUGGACAGCCCGAUUGUGAGACAUACCACCGCUCUCUCCAUCCACGACGAGUUGCAUUGGCCAGAAAUAACCAUGGGGCCAGAAGACGACUGGGAUCCAGUGAUCAGGGGUCCAGCAGUUGGCUCCAAAGGUGCCGCCACGUUUAAACCUCCACAACCAGUUUCCGAUAUUUCCAGCAUCUGGUUUCGUCAAGAACGGCAAACGCUUCGCAGGCUUCCCAAGUCUGGCGCAAUUGUUUGGUCUGUUCAUACCUAUAUCACUCCCAUAACUUCCAUCCUCGACGAGCCGGGAAUCCCGGGAAGGCUUGCCUCCCUUAUAAGGAGCUGGGACGAUGAACUCGCAGCACACAAAGGGCGAGACCUUUAUGCCGGCGUCUUGCUUCCACAUCUGGAUGCUCUGCAUUUAGAACAGGUCAAGGCCGGUGUGUGUGAGGAUGAGCCGAUGGCGUUGCCCAACUUCCCGUUUUAA